AUGGCCAACACCGGCUACACGUCCCCGUUCCCAACCUCCCACGACACGAUUGGGCAGUCAACACUGGUGACACCGCUUUUCAUGCCAUCGUCUCCUCCACAACAAACCACUAGCCCACCAGAGUCUCCGCUGCCCGCCGACAGCCCCAUCUCUGAACGCUUUCGACACGAGGAACAAGACCACCACGAACAGGCGAGCGACGAUGAAGAACAUCAUGCUGACAAUGAGGCUUUAAAUCACUCUCGUCCGUCAACCCCAGGAGGCCCGACUGGCUCGGACCUUGAUGCUCGCCUUGCGGAAUACACGCUGGACUUUAGCCAAUUCCCCAGUGGCCAGUUUUCGGACGGAAAAGAAGACCAGCUGCCAGAUUUGAAGGAAGACGCGGAAGACAAUCUUUCUGAAGUUGGGGGUCCGGAGGACUUUACUGCAAACAUGGAGAAGUACUUGAUGGGCGACGGAAUGUCAAGUGCGCGCAAACUCAGCGCACACCACUCUAACCACGAGCCGGCAUCUGCAUCGCGUCACAGCUCGCUCAAGUCACGACAACCGGCUGUCGAAGAGGAGGCCGAGUUGGGCGACUAUAGCGAAUUUGGACCGCCGGUGGACAUGUCCACCCCGUCGCAUUUGCUUCACAGGACCAGUGUUCUUCCAAGAGACUCAACUCAGCUGGAAGAUAUCGAAGAAGACCCUGCGGAUGAUCUGGAGAGCCCCGCAUCCCCGUCAUUGAGAAAACUUUCAGACGCGUUGGAACACGAGCCUGAUGAGCCCGAGGACUGGGAACUCCGUUUGCAUCGUCGCGUCGCACAUUUGGAAGAGGAGCUGCGAAAUCGCGAUGAGCAUAUUCAGAAGAACCGCAAUCGAGUUCUCGAGGCCGCUUCAGCUGGGGAGCAAAUUCGCCACCUUCAGGCAGAACUGCAGCGCAAAGACACUCUGAUCGAGAAAAUCCAAAGCCAGGGAGGCGAUGAGGCUAUUCUCCGCGAACGGCUCCUUCAACAGUCCAGCAUGAACACUCCCGACCUUGGCGCUCUCCAACAACAAAUCCAUGAUAUGCAGCAUCAACUUCAAAACCGGGAUUCUCAGAGUUCCAUGGGCGCCGAAAGGCUGGAGACAAUCGCUCACCUUCGCCAGCAGCUGAACCACACUCAAGAGCAAUUAAAGAAGCGAGACACAACUCUCGAGGAGACAAUGACCAGGCUAAGAGAAGUCACCCAGGCCAGAGAAUCACAAGUACACGAGAAGAACGCCGAGAUCGAGAGGCUCAAAGCAGAAAUUGACGAUCAAGCUCUGGAAAACGAACGACUGCGUACCGAAAUUGAACGCGUCAACACCGAUUACGAAGCUCUCGAGGACCGACUCACCACCCUGGAAACCAAGAACCAACCCCUCGAAGACAGGAAUAGCUCUCUUGAAGCUGACCUGACCCGUGUGCAGUCACAGGUGGAGGCCCAAGAGAAUGCGCUCAGGGCCGCGGCGGCCGAUCUACCACUUGGUAACCGCAGUACCUACAGCGAGAUCCUCGACUUGAUUAAGGAUCUUGGGCACUCGGGCCCCCAGUCGCCUCUGAAGGAGAAAUUCCCGCAUGACUUUGACGUGCCGCAUGGGUUUGAUGUCCCGCAACUGGGACAGGAACUCACCAGGCUUCAACAAGGACUUGAAGACGCAUUGGCCGCCCAAAAGGCCGCAGAAGCUGAGGCAACCCGUCUCCGAGACCAAGCUGCCGAAUCUCAAAUCUUCAUUACGACUAUCGAAGCAGAGAACGCGCGCCUUACAGCACGAACGCAGGAGCUCAACUCGGCCCUCACUAAGACCCAGAAAGAGUUGACCCGCACACAAGAGCAGCAUGCAGAGUCGCUUGAAACCAUCGCUCGUCUCCAAGAAGAGGCUCUCAGCCAACCGCCCAGCUCACCACGCUCACCACCAACUGUUCAUGGUGCCUUCAAUUCGGAGCAGCGAGAACCCGCCGUGGACACAGCCGCCCUGGAAGCAGCUCAUCAAGACCAAAUCCGAAGCCUCCAAACCGCUCACUCAACCGCCAUCUCUACUCUGCGCUCUUCACACGCAGAGUCCAUGCGCAAAAUCCGCAACAUGCUCACGGCAGCCGAGCAACGCGAAGCCGAGCUCCGAACAGACCUCACGACACUGCGCACCUCAGUCUCCACCCAAGAAUCCCAGCUCCGAAAGACCUUUAAAUCCGAAAUCAAGCACCUUGAAGCCGUCAUCGCCGCCAAAGACGAAACUGCCGCUGCGGUUGAUGAGCGCAUUGCUCUUUCCGUCGAAAGGCGAGAGCGCGAAUGGGAGCGUCGUGUGGACCUCCUUCUCAAGGAGCGUGAUCGCAUGGCCAAGGCUCUGAUGAUGUACUGGGGAGAGAAGGAAAUGGGCCGUGGACCAGGUGUUCUGGCUGAGGGCAAGGAGAACCGUCGUCGGGAUGGAGAUCGUGCAGAUGCGAAGUUAGGGCAAGCUUACCAGUAUAAGUACGCCGAGAAACAUGGCGAGAAGCAUCCUGAGAAGCGGAAGGCCAGGAGUGGAGAGAAGAAGGUAUAG